AUGGGUGCUGUGAAGUCCUGGACCAGCUCCUGCCAGAGCAGCGAGGAGACCCGGGCAUGGCAGCGUGCCAUGCUGUCGGUGCGCGGACGGGACUCGAGCUGGAUGCUGAGAUCUCGUGACCUCAAGCUGAAGGAGGUGCUGAGCUCUACCCUGAAGAACACCAUCUACCUUGCAGCCUGGCAGGGCACCGAUGUUGUCGUGAAGUGUGCGAGCGUCACCGAUGGAGGCCUGCCGGAGGAGGCACCAGCGAUCACAGACGAUCUCUUGCACGAAAUCGACGUGCUUUCAUCGAUGCGCCAUCCGGAUCUUGUCAUGUUCCUCGGAGCCUGUCUUGAGCCAAACAGGCCCAUCAUGUGCGUGACGGAGUUCAUGCCCAGAGGCGACCUCGAGCACUACUACGAGACUCAGCGCAAGACUCGCAAUGUGCAUCUCUGGCGACCCGGCCUCGCCAAGGUCGUUGAGUGGAGCUGUGCCGUCGCCAGGGCACUGAACUUCCUACACUCCCGGAAGAUGAUCCACAGGGACUUAAAGCCCAUGAACUUGCUCCUCACGAAGCACAAUGAGGUGAAGGUCGCAGAUUUCGGCAUCAGCCGAAUGCUGGCGGAGGCUGACGACUACGACAUGACGGGCGGCAUCGGAACAACCCGAUGGAUGGCCCCGGAAGUCAUGCGCCACGGGUGUUACGACGAGAAAGUCGACAUCUACGCCUUCGGCUUGAUCGUCUACUUCAUGAGCUCAGGUCGCAUCCCGUUCCACCAUCUUGGGUUACCGUGCAAAACCCUGCGUGAGCAGUUCAGACAGGGUGGUGAGCCCCGGCCUCUGGCAUCGGAGUGCAGCCCGAGGCUGCGCCCUCUGAUGGAGGCGGCGUGGCAUGUCGCCCCCACCCGGAGGCCGGCUGCAGAGGAGUUGCUGGAGGAUCUUCGGCACGUCGUGCAGCUUAGGGGAUGCGGGCCGUGUGCGCAGAUGUGA